UUUUUUUUCGUCUGCGUCAAUUCCUCUUUUCUCUGUAUUUCACUUUCCAUUAAUCUUCUACUCCGUACCAACCCAUUACCAUGUUUCUGCUGCUGCUCGAAACCCUAGCCUUAGCCUAUGUGGCCUGGAGUUUGGUAGCUAUGGAGAUCAACUACCGCCGCGCGUGCACCAUGAGGAUCCCUCUCGUGCGGCUCUGUAUCGACCCCCAGAAUCUCCUUUGGGUCAUUAUGGAGCCCCAUCUCUGGCCCUGGCUCGACCGGCUUCCCAUCAACUGGGGUAAUUUUGGUCGCUACUCUCGUCGUGGAUGGUACUUUGCCGACCGGGGCGAGUCGCAUCGCCGCUACGGUCCGAUCUGGGCGCUGGUCACUCCCAAGGGAAUUUACAUCAAUGUCGCCAAUUCAGAAGCAAUCCAUGACAUCUUCCGACGGCGGACAGAUUUUAUCCGCCCAGUAGAACAGUACACGGUACUCGAAGUCUAUGGACCAUGUAUCUCCACAGCCAAUACAACCGACUGGCCACGCCAUCGAAAAGUGCUUGCUACUCCCUUCAACGAGAGUGCCAUGUCCUUUGUAUGGGAUGAAAGCGUUGAGCAGAGUCGCCAGAUGCUUGACAUCUGGGCCUCUCCAGACCUCGAUAAGAUCUCCAGCGUCGCGAGGGAUACCCGCACACUCUCAUUGAAUGUCCUCGCUGCUAUAGGAUUUCGGAAAUCGUAUCCUUUCCAGAGUGCUAGUGAGAGCUGCUACCGGGCAGAAGGUGAGUCUGUAAGCUAUCGGGAUGCCCUGCAGACUGUGCUCGAUAAUGCCAUCUUGUUGAUGAUUAUGCCGCGGCGAUUCCUCUCUCUUUCAUUUGCCCCGGAAUCAUGGAAUCAGCUGGCCAAAGCCGCGGCGGACUUUCAGCGGCACAUGGUGCGUAUGCUGGACGAGGAAGUACAGGCGUGGAACGAGGGACAAGCUGGCUCGGGUGGUCUUAUGACGUCGUUUGUGCGCGCCAUGAAUCUCAAGCGGCACGACGCAGGGGAUAAAACCAAGGAUGUGCCACUACAAGGAUUGACUACCGACGAGAUCUUUGGCAACAUCUUUGUAAUCAACUUCGCGGGACACGAUACAACGGCUAAUACGCUGAGUUUUGCACUCCUUCUCUUGGCCGCGUACCCGGAGGUGCAAGACUGGGUUGCCGAGGAGCUCCUGUUGUUGACGGACACCAAGGGUCGAUAUGCUGACCUUUUCCCCAAGCUCAGUCGCUGUCGAGCUGUCAUGCUUGAAACCCUCCGUCUCUACCCCCCGAUCCCCUCCCUGCCCAAAUGGACCAACGACCAGCCCCAACCACUGAAAGUCGGCGAUAGAACUAUAAUAAUCCCACCAAAAGUAGGAAUCAAUCCCAGUCUUCUCACAAUGCACAUCGAUCCUCAGAGCUGGGAAAAUCCCCUGGAAUGGAAACCUUCACGAUGGAUCGCACCCACCAAGUUGGACACGGCGAAUUCGAUUGGGAAGGAGGAGCUUAUCACUCCGGUGCGGUGCACGUACUUCCCCUGGUCAGACGGACCACAGAAUUGCCCCGGUAAUAAAUUCUCACAGGUGGAGUUUGUAGCGGUCAUUGCGAGUCUUUUCCGAAAUCACCGGAUCAGUCCCGUCGCGAACGCAGGAGAAACAGCCCAGCAGACGCGCGAGAGGGUUCUGGCUACUACGAGAGAUGUUGAUCUGCAGCUGCUUCUACGGAUGAAAGAUGCAGAGCAGGUACACUUGAAAUGUCGGCGGGUCUAAGAGGCAACUUACCAUUUUUUUGUAACCUAGGGAAACAUGUACUAUUGCAAGAAGGAUAGAACAUUCACUCCAGGAUUGAAUAGCCUUAUGGACAGUAGAUCCUGCCUCUUCUGUAAGCUGUUCUCUAGGACUGAUUGUAGAAUUUGCGUGACUCGCCCGAACUAUACAAAUGAUCAUGGCCAAUGUGUU